GGUGAAUGAUCUGAUUGCAUCGAUAAUAUUUGGGAAUUGCCCAUUGUCUUAUCACUGAAGACUGAUAUGAUGUUGGUAUAUAAUGAUGGUGGAGCACGGAAGAGAAUUAGACUAACGAAAUGCUGUUCCGGUGUCUGAUUGCUGCUCUACUCGUUGCUCAAGGAUUCGCCCUUGAUGCACGAAUCACCAAUGGUGAGGCUGCAAUACCUCACAAGUACCCAUACCAGGUAUCAAUCCAAUGGGGAUUACCUCCUCUAAUUAAGUACCGUCACAUGUGCGGGGGCUCCAUCAUCGAUCCAAGCUGGAUCCUGACCGCUGGCCACUGCAUCACGGAGAUACCUAGGAUAGGAAAGCUCCGCAUCAGCGCUGGAAAGCACGUUCUCCAGGAACAAGAGCCUGGGCAACAGGAGCGCGUCGUCAGCCGCCGUCUGGUCUAUCCGGACUACCCAGGAGGUCUCUCUCAACACGAUAUUGGUCUUCUCCGGCUGGAGUCUCCCUUGAACUACACUGACCACGUCCAACCGGUCGUCCUCCCUUCCGCGAAAAAGCUGCACACCGGAGAGUCUGUUGUUACUGGCUGGGGUUCCAUCUCCACCGAACAGAUUCCUCGUUAUCCAUCCGAACUUCAAAGCCUUCAAGUCCCCAUUGUCGACUAUGACACGUGCUUGCAAGCCCUCAAGAGAGUGCCGGGCCCCGUUGAACUUUUCGACACUCAGAUUUGCACAGGGCCCAUCGGGGGAAACCAAUCGACCUGCUCCGGGGACUCUGGCGGUCCUCUUGUCCAGUUCGACAAUGAUUCCAAAGCCGAACUAGUUGGCAUUGUCUCUUGGGGAACGUUUCCCUGUGGAAGCGCUGGAAUGCCAGCUGUGUACACUCGCGUCUCGUUUUACAGCGAUUGGAUCCAGAGGAAAAUAAAAAAUUCAUUGUAAUAGAAUUUUCAUCACGCUGUGCGAAAAAGUCAUUUUGCAGUCACGCUUCGCCUAAAUAAUCCCUUUCCCACAUAUUGCGAUGGAGAAUAAUUGUCGAGACCCGUGAGAAAGGGAGCUUUUGGCUCGUGAGGGGCUUAUGGUAUGAGCCAAAGCGACUGACAUAAUCCGACUACUUUUCUGCACUCCCCAGGAAAUAUGAAAAAUCUUUUGGUUUAUGUACUUAUGACCGAAAAAAGUGGACUUUGAACACGUAGUGAAAGUAACGUCCCUAUCGAAGUACAGAUUUUCGUCGCAAGACAGGAAAAAUGUCUGAUGGGUGCGAGGGUUCCACGAGGCGAAGCCAAGAAGUGUCAUCACUCGAGUCAUUAUAAUAUGUCCUCACAAUAAAAGUAUUAUCUGACGAAA